AUGAGCUUGAAAGAAGUAUUCGAACAACAUCCAUGGAGGUCAUUUAAGAAGUUCAAUGAAGCUGCAAAGAGUCGGGGAUUUACUAACAGAGCUGAAGUGAAAAGGUUCUUUGACAAAAAUGUUGUACAUCAAACAAAAAUAAACCCUUACGACUACUUUUUACCAAUUUACUCCAACACUCCUGACGCAUACCAAUUUGACACUCUCAUUCAAAGCAGAAAAGGAGGACAUAAACCAUUCCUCAUCUUCAUAAAUGUUAACACUCGUAAAGCAUAUGCAUAUCCAAUGAAAAAUAAAGGAACUCGUGA